GAAGAGGAGGGGGGAGGAGAGACAGCAGCGGCAGCAGAGAGGGAGGCAGGAGGUCGGUCGGAGCAGUUUGAGGAUCCGCUCGUUGUUUCCCGUGUGGCUGGUCUGAUUUCAUGUGGAAGAAGAAUUAGGAGGCGACUGAGAAAAGCAGCAAGCUCGUCUCUCUCUGAAACGGGAUUUAUUACGCGCCCCUCCUCAGGAUGUGUACACCGUGUUGUGUAUCGCAGCUGGCCUGCUGCUGCGGCUCAGCGGCCUGCUCGUGCUGCUGUAACUGCUGCCCCAAGAUCAAACAAUCCACGGGGACCCGAAUCAUGUACGCCCUCUACUUCCUGCUGGUCACCGUUGUCUGUGUCAUCAUGAUGUCCCCCACUGUGGAGGAUCACAUGAAAGCCAAUAUCCCUUACUACAAUGAGCUGUGCACAAAGGUGAAUGCAGGGGAGAACUGCAAAACUCUGGUGGGCUACUCUGCCGUCUACAAGGUGUGCUUCGGCAUGUCCUGCUUCUUCUUGUUCUUCUUCAUCUUCACCAUCCGGGUCAAUAACAGUGAAGGCUGCAGGGCGGCCGUGCACAACGGGUUCUGGUUGCUGAAGUUCCUCGCACUGGCAGUGUGCUGCGCUGGAGGUUUCUUCAUCCCAGAGGAGGAAACUUUUCUUGAAGUGUGGCGCUAUGUAGGAGCAGCCUGUGGGUCCAUCUUCCUGCUGAUCCAGCUCAUGCUACUGGUGGAGUUUGCCCACAGAUGGAAUACAAACUGGAGUUCAGGAGUGAAGUACAACCGUCUCUGGUACGCAGCUUUGGCAUUUGUGACUCUGAUGCUAUUCACUGCUGCUGUAGGAGCAGUAGUCUUCAUGGGUGUGUACUACACUCACCCAGAGGCAUGUUUACUGAACAAGAUCUUCCUGGGCAUCAACGGCAGCCUGUGCCUCAUCGUCUCUCUGCUGGCCAUUUCCCCGUGCAUACAGAAACUGCAGCCAACAUCAGGCCUGCUGCAGCCUGGAGUCAUCAGUGUGUAUGUUAUGUACCUCACCUUCUCAGCCUUCUCCAGCAAACCUAAAGAAACUGUGGAGAUAAAUGGUGUGAACACAACCGUGUGUGUUUUUCCCUUCAACUCUGGGCUGGAGGGCGACAGGAAGAUUGUCACCGCUUUGGGAACUGUUAUCCUGUUUGGCUGUAUCCUUUACUCUUGCCUGACUUCCACCACAAGGAGAAGCUCUGCAGCGCUCAGAGUGUGCAGGAACAGUGAGCCAGAGACUGAGAGAGCUCGCUGCUGUUUCUGUUUUGGAGAUGACACAGAUGACUAUGACGAGGAGAAGACUGGCACUGGCCAGAACGUGCUCUACGAUGAGAAAGAGGCGACCAUCUACAGCUACGCCUACUUCCAUUUUGUCUUCUUCUUGGGAUCGCUCUACGUCAUGAUGACUGUCACCAACUGGUUUAAUUACGAUAACCACGAGAUCGAGAAGUUGUUGGAUGGUAGCUGGUCGGUGUACUGGCUCAAGAUGACCUCCUGUUGGGUUUGUCUCAUCAUCUACAUGUGGACCCUCGUCGCCCCCAUGGUCUGCCCAAAGCGCUUUGAGGCCUAGGAUACACAUCACUCCACUCAAGUCGGACUUGCUCUGAUUCUUGGGAUGUUGCCAGGCAGAAGCUCGCACGCACGCUGAGCCAAGGGACCACCACAACCCCUCCUUUAUGGUGAAACACAAUCCAACACUACCCUCAGCGUUUCAAGGGGAGGGCUAUCUGUUGCCUUUUGUUUGAUAUAAUUGUGUUUUUUAUUUUCACUGUUUUACAAUGUUAAGCUUUUAAUACCUUGAUGGUAAUUUUUAUCUUUUACUACCACUUUGCUCCUGGAGUUUUGUAUCCUUCAAUGUUUAAAAUCAUAUGAAACAGUAUGGAGUUCCAUUUUUAAAUAUGUGAAGCAUCCUGCACCCAUAGAUUCCUCUGUCAUAUUGAAGUACUUUCUCUGUGUUUGUCAGUUUCCCUUUUCUUUUUUUUACUCUAACUCUCAGCCAGACAUUUCAGUUCAGUUUUGUACAGUUGGACCAUAAAGUUGUAGCAAAGUUUUAGGACAAAUUUAUUUCAGGUGUGAGAUGUUACCAGAGAGAUAGUAUUUAUUAAGGUGUGUCUUCAGUAAUCAGAAAUCAUUUUGUGAAGAACUGUGGUGCUGAAUCAGAUUUGUCCCUGACUUUGUUUAAAAACUCAUCUCUCAGGCUCAGAUGUAAGCUGUUUAUGUUUACGCUUUGUUAUGUUGCGCCCUUUUGUAGAAGUUUUCUAUGCAACAGAACAAGCUAUUUUCGAUAUUCUAUACAUCCAGUGUUGUGCAGUUUCCAGUUAGACCUCAAAGAUUUGGUGUUUUAGAUUUAAUAAUGUCAGCUCCCUUUGGGCAAGACCUUUUCUUAGGAAAAACUCAUGUGUUCAACAUUUCCAGUCGUAAUGAUUAUUAUACAGGGCAGCGCUCUUCAAAUCAAUCCUGCCUUACGUAAGAGUGACGUUAGUCUUUACGUUAGUGAAGUCUCCCUUCUCUGGAUGACAAAGAGUUGGUUUGUUUGCCAAAGGUAGAUGUCAGAAAAUAACGUACGACUCAGAUUGUUCGGUCAGUUAUAGAGAAAAGUAAGAACAUUAUGUAUUUGCAUGCUCACACGGACUCUUAAAUCAGCUGUUUUCUGUACAGUUUAAAGGCCUCUUGCCUUGUUUUUGUUACAUGUGUCAGCGCAUAACGGAGGUCGGAAUAAAGUAGCAUGAGUGCUUUUCAUUUGAGUUAUUCAACACUGGAUGUUGAGUUUACUGCCAAUUUAAAGUUCACACAAAGACCUUCACCUGUUUGUUAACUGUGUAACAUUUUAUUAUUGUAUAAUACAAAAUAUUGCACAUCUUCAACUGCAAGUGGUUUGUUUCCAUUCAUUAAUAAAUCAGUAUGAUCCUAUCUGAUCGUGUUGCUAACAUGUUUUAGAAUACCUUAAUGUACAUUCUGGCUUCAGCUCUGUGACCUGUGGGAAGUUUCACUGACUUCUGCUUUAUGAACCUGCAGAAUGUGUCCUUCAACUUAAAGCUCCUGUGAGUUAUUUUUCUGGUCAUGAAGUAAACUGAAAUCAAUACUGAUGCCUCUUAAUGGCCUACAAAGCAAACCAGAACAUGAGCUUACGGAUUGACUGGAUAUAUGGUUCUAUUUAGACCACUGUAGCGGGUAAGGUGUCACAGUGAUUGACUGCACCCUGCACUAUAUUUACCACAAAGAUUCUUAGCGAGUGAUACAUUUAACUGUUUAAAAAGGAAGUGAUGUUUGUGAAAAGAUAAUUACUACCCGCGGAAGUACAGGACAAAGGAUUGCUUUGUCCUCAGGGUCCAACAUCAACAGAAAUUGAAAGUUCCCUACAGGAGCUUUAAGUUGUAAUAAAUUCUGCAUUUUAACUGUUAAAUGGUGCUCUGCAGCUUUGAUACCAAGCUACAGAUAAAGUCAAGUCAGACCUGUAACCGCUGUGUCAUAUCAAAACAUACUGGAACUCUUUCUGAAUAAGAAGUAUGUUUGAAGUACAGAGACAUGAUACACACUGUCAAUAAAACAUCCAUUGAACGCCA